AUGGAUCAAUCUAUGGGUCAAACUAUUUACCCUCAACAACAAAAUCAUAACGGUCAGCCACAAAGACCCCGAAAUUUUGGUACAAGACCAAAUGCUCAAAACGCUGAGAAUUUAUUCGCUAGUAAUUUAUUAAACAUUCAACAAUAUAAUAAUCUUGUUGGAGGCACGGAUCCAUUUUUAAGCACACAAAGAAUGCACGGUGCACAAAUUUCACCACAAA